CCACCCCCCCCCCCCUGUCUCACCGCCACCCCCACAGCGCUCGUCCCCGGCUCGUCUCUAAUUUUCCGCAUAGCUUCUUUUGUAAAGGGGGAAAAUAAAGUCUCGUCCGCCGCUGCCGCAGUUUCCAGGGCUCGAAUCGUGUCUCCUUAGAUGGCCAGCUUCCCAGAAUUUGUCAACGAGAAUGAAAUAGCACAGGCCCGGCUAAUUGCUGAUCUUUGGGGACCUGUUGCUCCAUUUGAACAAAAGUCUGGGCGUGAAACCUGGACUGUGGCUUUUGCACCUGAUGGCUCGUAUUUUGCUUGGUCUCAAGGUCAUCGUGUCGUAAAGCUGGUUCCUUGGUCUCUACAUGAAAAUAAAAGAUUAUGUAAUGAUGAGCAUGAUGAUAUGGUCAAUAAGAACCUUAGAAAGCAAAAUGGUGAUGAUCAGAAAAACCAGCCAGAAGAGCAUACCAUAGACUGUGGCGAUAUUGUGUGGGCCCUUGCUUUUGGUUCUUCUGUACCCGAGAAACAGAGUCGCUGUGUGAAUAUUGAAUGGCACCGAUUCAAGUUUGGCCAGGACCAGCUGCUGCUGGCAACUGGUUUGAGCAAUGGACGUAUCAAAAUUUGGGAUGUGUACACAGGUAAAUUCCUCCUUAAUUUGAUGGAUCACAAUGAAGUUGUUCGUGAUCUGACAUUUGCACCUGAUGGCAGCCUUAUCUUGGUAUCUGCAUCAAGAGAUAAAACUCUGAGGGUCUGGGAUCUUAAGGAUGAUGGCAAUAUGGUGACUGUACUGAGGGGACAUCACAACUGGGUGUAUUGCUGUGCCUUUUCUCCAGAUUCAACUAUUCUCUGCUCUGUUGGAGCUGGAAAAGCGGUUUUUCUUUGGAACAUGGAAAGUUACACAAUGAUUCGUAAACUUGAAGGUCAUCUUAAUGAUGUGGUAUCAUGUGAAUUCUCUCCUGAUGGAGCAUUAUUGGCUACAGCCUCAUAUGAUACCCGAGUUAUUGUCUGGGAUCCACAUAAAGGCAAUAUUUUGUUGGAGUUGGGACAUCUGUUUCCACCUCCCACUCCAAUAUUUGCUGGUGGAGCAAAUGAUCGCUGGGUGAGAUCUGUUGCCUUUUGCCAUGAUGGUUUGCACAUUGCUAGCAUUGCUGAUGACAAAAUGGUGAGAUUCUGGGGGAUUGAUGACAAUUGCCCAGUAGAAGUUGCUCCUCUAAGUAAUGGACUAUGUUGUGCCUUUUCUCCAGAUGGUAGUGUUCUUGCUACAGGGACGCAAGAUGGUAGUGUUCACUUCUGGGCCACUCCCAGGCAUGUCCCCAGUCUUCAGCAUCUGUGUCGCAUGGCUCUACGAAGAGUGAUGGUCACCAGUUCUGUUGAGAACCUACCUAUCCCACCAAAGAUGGUUGACUACCUAACUUACUGCACGAUCUGACCAUAUGGAGCUGCAUAACUUCAGAAGGCAUGUUGCUUUUAUUGUAUAGAUGUAGACAAGCAGGUACAAUUUGCUGCCUUGUAAGCAAAGUUUUCAGUUAUUUGCAGCACGGUCAGUUCAUACAAAUCUGUUUUUCUGUAUAUAAAAAAAAACACUGUACAUAUUCUGUAAACUUGUACCAUUAUAUAUAAAUAUCAGCGUGUACCAUGGUUAUUUUUUAUUCUGUUGUUCUUGGUGGUCCAAUUUAUUUUGUUCCUGUACAUGUUUUAUAGUAAGUUUUGUAAAUGUAGUGUUGUGGAAAUGUGAGGUUUGGUAGAUCUUCAGCAGUCUACAACUGAGAAAGGAGAAAUUCAUGUCAAUUGCCAAAGACCUUGUUGUGCUUUUAUAAACCAUCAUUUGCAAAUGCAGACAAAAACUGUAUUUCAUUCAAAUGUGAAUUUAUAUAUUUUUGUUCUCUAAGCAUUAAAGAGAAGUUGAGUUUUA